GCGAGAAGGAAGCGGAGCGCUCGCUGGAAGCUGUCACACAGUAGUUGUGGCGAAAGCAAGAGAAACCCUUUCCGCACGCGCGCACCCAACUGUUGCGCUACACGGACAAACGGCAAGGCAGAAAAACAACGUUAUACUUACCUGACAGCAACUUCCACAUACUCUGCGGGGAAUUAUUCUCUCCUGUUUCUGCAAUGGCUGAUGUCAUACAAAGCAACGAGCAAUCCUCAUCUGACGUUGCGAAUCGAUUCGCCCGUAAAGGUGCUUUGAGGCAGAAAAACGUCCAUGAAGUGAAAAACCACAAAUUUAUUGCGAGGUUUUUCAAGCAGCCGACUUUCUGCAGUCACUGCACUGACUUUAUUUGGGGGUUUGGAAAGCAAGGAUUUCAGUGCCAAGUGUGCUGUUUUGUGGUCCAUAAACGUUGCCAUGAACUUGUCACAUUCUCAUGCCCUGGAGCUGAUAAAGGGCCAGACACAGACGACCCUAGAAGCAAGCACAAGUUUAAGAUCCACACCUAUGGCAGUCCCACAUUCUGUGACCACUGUGGAUCUCUUCUGUAUGGACUCAUACACCAAGGGAUGAAAUGUGACUCCUGUGAUAUGAACGUCCAUAAACAGUGUGUGAUGAAUGUGCCAAGCCUUUGUGGAACGGACCACACAGAGAGACGAGGACGUCUUUUCAUGAAGAUCGAGGUGAUAGGAGACAAAAUGCAUGUCACAGUUGGGGAAGGCAAGAACAUGAUUCCAAUGGAUCCGAAUGGAUUGUCUGAUCCAUAUGUAAAACUCAAGUUGAUUCCAGACCCUAAACAUGAGACGAAACAGAAAACGAAAACCAUCCGUUCUUCCCUGAAUCCGACUUGGAAUGAGUCAUUUACAUUUAAACUGAAGCCAGCAGAUAAGGACCGUCGGCUGUCUGUGGAGGUGUGGGACUGGGACAGAACCACCCGUAAUGAUUUCAUGGGCUCAAUGUCGUUUGGUGUGUCUGAGCUCAUGAAAUCCUCAGUGUGUGGAUGGUAUAAAAUGUUAAACCAGGAGGAGGGGGAGUACUACAAUGUUCCCAUUCCAGAUGAAGAUGAUGAGAAUACUGAGUUCCGACAGAAGUUUGAGGAUCAGACUUUAGUGGACCUUGAGCAGGUUCCCAAAUUGGGUCCAUCCAAAAAAACCAUCACCAAUUUGGAUGGCAGUGGGUCCACUUUACCCUCAAGCAGUAUUGACAGUGUCAAGCUCACAGACUUUAAUUUCUUGGCAGUAUUGGGAAAAGGCAGUUUUGGAAAGGUGAUUCUGGCUGAGAUGAAAUCUUCUGAUGAACUAUAUGCUAUAAAGAUCCUGAAGAAGGAUGUGGUCAUCCAGGAUGAUGAUGUUGAAUGCACCAUGGUGGAGAAGCGGGUUCUGGCUCAGCAGGACAAACCUCCAUUCCUCACCCAACUCCACUCCUGCUUUCAGACUGUGGAUCGUCUGUAUUUCGUGAUGGAGUAUGUUAAUGGUGGUGAUCUGAUGUACCACAUUCAGCAAGUGGGCAAAUUUAAGGAGCCACAAGCAGUGUUCUAUGCUGCAGAGAUUGCUGUUGGGCUUUUUUUCCUGCACAAGAAAGGAGUCAUAUACAGGGAUCUGAAAUUAGAUAAUGUCAUGCUGGAUGCAGAGGGUCAUAUUAAGAUUGCAGACUUCGGUAUGUGCAAGGAGAACAUUGUGGAGGGUGUGUCCACACGUACAUUUUGUGGAACGCCAGACUACAUUGCUCCAGAGAUAAUAGCAUAUCAACCGUAUGGCCGUUCUGUGGACUGGUGGGCUUAUGGAGUCCUGCUAUACGAGAUGCUGGCGGGACAGCCUCCAUUUGAUGGUGAGGAUGAAGAUGAACUUUUCCAGUCCAUUAUGGAGCACAACGUCUCCUACCCUAAAUCCUUGUCCAAAGAAGCAGUUUCCAUCUGCAAAGGGCUGAUGACAAAACACCCUUCAAAGCGUCUGGGCUGCAACCCAGAGGGGGCGAGAGAUAUUCGGGAACAUGCUUUCUUCCGUCGGAUUGACUGGGAACGUCUGGAAAAUAGAGAAGUACAGCCUCCAUUCAAACCCAAAGUGUGUGGAAAGGGGGCAGAGAACUUUGACAAGUUCUUCACACGCACACAGCCACAGCUGACCCCUCCUGAUGAGCUGGUUAUCGCCAACAUCGACCAGGCUGAAUUUGAUGGAUUUUCCUUCAUCAACCCUCAAUUCGUCCAUCCUUCUCUCAUCAACAGUGAAUAAAACAGGAAAAAGAGGGAAUGAAUGUGAAUCUACCUACUACCCCAAAACUCUGCCCUUGCCUUUACCCUUUUAUCUAACAAAUGUUAAACCAAAACCACAGUAUCUUGAAUUGUCAUGUCUUUUUUGUUUAAAAAUCUAGCAGUUAUUUUCACAUUUUUCACAUCAUUUCAAUGUAGGCCAGUCGGAGAGUUUACCUUAAUGAUUGAAAAUAGAUUGAGAGAUUUUUUUUUUUUUUUUUUUUUAACUGAAUAACACUUAAACUCUGGUUAGGAAGGGCUGUUUACAUUACAAACUGAUCGUCUGACCAGUUUUUAAAAGUCUAGGAGGCCAUCUUAUCUCAAGCCGCUGGUGGCUGACACAGCAUGAUUUCACCACAUCUACCCAAAGCCCCAUAACAAAUACAGAGUUGUGUGCUUCCUAAGACAGUCUUCCCUUUCAGGAUUUCUAAAGGUAAUCGCCAAAGCCAAUGGGGUUUCUGUCUUCCCCUUAGCACUAUACUAAUUUAUCUAUUUACAGAAUUACUUCUGGUGUCAGUUUCAGUACUCACUUUUUGGAGUCUCCAGUGUUUUCUCAUUGUAAGUGUCGUUAAAUGUUUUAAAUAAAAUACUAAACAUCUCUCAGUCUAAUAUUUGCACAUAUUUCAGGUAUGACAUGACAACUUGGCACAUCAGUUUAACAACUUGUUUGCAUUUUCUGUUUGUUCUAUAGUAAAAAAGCAUGCCAAGAGUUUCUGCAGUUCACAAGCCGACAGAGCUGUGGAUUCAUGAGAUGUUAUGAUAGUGUUUUUUUUUAAUAUGCUGUUGUUGCAUAUAAAAUGGUUUUAUUUCACAGUAAACAGAUACACACUUUUACCCAUAAAAUAAAUGACAGAAUAAUAAAGAUAUUACCUCGUUAUCCCUUUAAUUCACCAAGUGUAUUAAAAUAUCCAAAAUAUCCUCUUUUUUGCCAUAGUUGAAAAUAUCCUGGGAACAUGAGAAAAUUUUGUGUCUGUGUGUGUUUUGUUUCGGUAAUGAGGGAUAUUAUGAGAGGGAAAAAUAUUUAAGUGUUGGCAUUUAUAUCAAGCUCUAAUUAUGUUGGUCUUAAACUCAUUGUCUGCAUAUAAGUUAAUACUGAAUAGUAAAUGCUAAUCUCUGCUAUACCUACCGAAUUACCUUGACAUCAUUAUGUUUGGAUUUAACAUAAUUGAUUGUAAAAUGUAAUACCGUUAUGCCAUAUUUCUCCUCUUGCUGCUUCAACAUUUUGGUUAUACUUAAUAAUACAUGCUAUUUAAACAGUAUAAGAUGCUUUUAAUACCAACUAAAUGUGACUUCAUUAUAUUACAAUGGUGAAAUUUCUGUGACAUUAGGGCAAAUUUACAACUGAGGGAAAAGUAUGAAAGUGAGUUUGCAUUAACUGUUAAAGGGGGUAGUUCACCCAAAAUUGGAAAUUCUAUAAUUUUUUACUCACCCUCAAGUUGUUCGGAACCUGUAUGAGUUUCUCUCUUUUGUUGAACACAAAAGAAGAUAUUUUGAAGAAUGUUGGCAAGCAAACAGUUGCCAGUAGCCAUUGACUUCCAUGGUAUUUUUUUCCAUACUAUGGAAGUCAAUGGCUACCAGCUACUGUUUGGUUACCAGCAUGAGUAAAUGAUGACAGAAUUUUCAUUUUUGGGUGAACUCUCCCUUUAACAUAAAACCGAGGUUGAAUUAUUAGCUGGUUUAAAUGUUUUUAGUAACUUUCAUAGUCCAAUUUUAUGAUUAUUGUCCCUUUUAAAUGUGUAAUUUUGUAUUAACCACAUCAUUACACAGUCAGCUCCUAUAAUGCUAUUAUUCAGGUAGAUAUUUGUGUAAUCGUUGUUAUCAUUGGUGUGUACUGUUGUAAACACUGUAACAUGACAUGGAAAUGACCUUGUACUUUGCAUAAUGAAAUAAUUUACAAAUGUGCUUUCGCCAUUCAAUUUUCCAACUGUACUUUGUCAAAACACCUUUGCUUUUGGCUGUUAUGUGUGACCUAAACGGAUUCCAUGGUUUUAAAAUGUGAGCUGAUUGGCUGCUGUCAUCCUACUAUGGUCUGAUAACUUGCCUUUGCCUGCAUGUUUUGGUAUGAAAAUCCACUUGAAAAGAUUUGUGUGUAUUUAUGAAGAAUGUUUUGUUAUCAAUGGAAUAUAAAAUUGAGAUUAUAAGCUUAUUACAGAAUGGAGUAUGAACAAGGCAGAUACUUAUUUAAUAACUCUGAAUUUCAAUUAUUUUAAUGUCUUGAUAUUGUAGUUUGUGAUUCUGUAUGUUCUUCCCAUCUUUUUCUGCUGUUAGAAGUAAUGCAAAGUAUGUAGUAAAUUUCAGAUUUAGAUCAAAAUCACACAUGGGAUAAUCGGCUUGGUUAGAUUUUAGAUCACAGGUGUCAGUUUUCUUCUAGCUCUAAUAUACUUGUCAGUUUAAUGUUUUCCCCCUCUUUUUAUAACAGGACAGCAAAUAUAUGGAAAUGUGAGAUUAGCUCACUUCUGUCUUCUCUUUUUUUCUGUGACUUAUUGAUGUUGAUCCUGCCGUAAAAUCCCUCCAGUGCUAAAAACACCUUUGUUGAAAUUGUAUGCAAACCCCAUCUUUCUUUUCUUGGGUCUUUCCAAAAACCUACUUUGUGUCAGUGCCAUGCUGAACCCAGCAGGACCGCUGUUGCACUAACUGCGUAGCCACAACGAUGUUUGCCAGUAUUGAAUCCAGUAUUUUGUGCACUAGUCUCAUGUAGCCAUACUUUUAACUGAAUGCUGUUACUGCUCUUGAGAUCGCAGUAGAGCAUCUUUUGCUCUGUGUAUCUGCCAUUCAAUCAUGUGCACUACCUUGGCUGUUGUAAAGAAAGUUGCAUAGCAGUUUAAAAAAAAAAAAAAAAAAAACAGGUUUAACAUGGCAUGCUUUGAGUUUCCUCUGCUGUAAGAUGAUCCUUAUGCCUUACCCAAUUCUUUCUAUUCCUGUGCUGCUGAAUUAAUGAUAGAAUACAUGAACAAAUGGAUGAAUGAACUGCUAAUCUUAUUGCUUGUUUUUUCCCUAAGUUGUUUAACUUUCCCUUGAAGGAAAAGUUCACCCAAAAAUGGAAAUUCUGUUUUAAUCUAUAGGUUUGGAAAGACAUUAGAGUGAGUGAAUGACAAAAUGGGGUGAACUAAUCUUUUAAAUGUGCCGUAUCUGCUUCUGUAGUCAUCUAUUGCAAUUAAUUUGAAUUAAUUCUUUAUUAUAUUUGACACCCAAAUUACAAAAACAAGGUGGAAUUACCUUUUCCCAAUUAGUCAGCAAUUCAUGUUUCUUCCGGUACUAUUAAGUUUUGUGUUUGUUGAAGAGAAGAGCAAGAACUUUGCUCCUCGUUUUAUCAUUUUUUUCAUUACUUUGUGUUCUUAAUGUGUAGAUUGGUUAGUGCAUCACUAUGUUGUCCUUUUGCUUUGUGUGACUCAGUCCACCUGUUUUAUUUUCAUCUGUUGAGUUUUUCAUUUAGAGGACAAAAUCAACAGAAUGCCUUACUUUGCUCUCUGUCUCUCAAAUAGCAAGGUCCUGAAUUGAACCCAAAGCACUAUCUGUGUUCCUAUAUACUAAUAUUGAUCCAUAACGUAUAAAUAAACCAAGUAAAAUGUUGUAUUUUGUAGCAGUGUAUAUUAGCCCUGCCUUUGUUGUCUUAACAGAUUAUAUGCUUUUUCCAUGCAAUCCUUGUUGCCAUUUAUACCUAAUGUAUGAUAUAGCAAAUAAAGAAGGGAAAAUGAAAC